AUGACAACAACACCUAGCAUUUGGAAAUUGACAAUACCAACGUAUGCUACAUGGAAUGAAACAGGUGUAACAGUUGCUGGCAACAUGAAUGGAACAAGUGGUCAUGAUCUGGGAUCACUUAAUGUUCCUGUGGGUAUUUUCGUUGACAAUAAUUACACAUUGUACAUUGCUGAUCGGGACAAUCAUCGCGUUGUGAAAUACUAUACUAAUACGGCUAUCGGCAUACUUGUUGGUGGUAAUGGAACUAUCGGUGAUGAUUUAAGUCUACUGUCGGGUCCCAAGGGUGUUGCCGUUGAUGAGUAUGGCAAUGUGAUUGUCGCUGAUAGUGAUAAUUAUCGCAUACAAAGUUUUGCUCCUAAUUCAAUUAUUGCUACGACAAUAGUUAGUAAUAGUUCAGCUUUUUUAAUUGGUCAAAUGCGAGAUUUACAUAUCAAUGUAAAUAAUAUUAUCGUUAUAACUGAUUCAACUUACAAUCGUAUAGUCAGGUUUAAUCCUUCAGGUGGAAUCGGCACAGUUAUAGCAGGUGUAAAUGGAACUGGAUCAGCAGCAGAUCAAUUCUUUUCUGCUUUCGGAAAUUUCAUUGAUACGAGUGAAACAUUGUAUGUAGCUGACUCUGACAAUAAUCGAGUGCAAAUGUGGUCGACUGGAGCAACCUAUGGAAUCACUGUAGCUGGCAUCAAUGGCUCAGCCGGAUCCAGUUCAGGACAAUUGAGUCGUCCUCUAGCGGUAAUAGUCGAUAAUAAUGGGUACACGUAUAUUGCUGAUUCAAGGAACCACAGAAUCGUGAAAUGGACAACGAAUUAUACGGGAGGUGGCAUCUGUGUUGUUGGUUGUACCGGAACAGGAGGAGUUGGCGCAAAUCAAUUGAGCGGUCCGCGAGACCUAAAAUUUGAUGCUAGUGGUAAUUUAUAUUGGAUUGAUGAUUGUCAAUGGCUACAACAUCGAUAUACAUAA